AUGAUCAGUGUAGCCCCAGCAGUGCCACCUGUCAGUGUCCAUCAAUGCCUCCUGUCAGUGCCACAUCAAUGCCACACAUCAGUGCCUACCAGUGCACAUCAAUGCCACAUAUCAGUGCCCAUCUGAGCUGCAUUUCAGUGCCACCUAUCAGUGCUGCCAAUCAAUGCCACCUAUCAGUGCCAGUCAGUGCCACCUAUCAGUGCUGCCUAUCAGUUCCAGUCAGUGCCGCCUAUCAGUGCCAGCUAUCAGUGCCAUAUAUGAGUGCUGCCUUUCAGUGCCCAUUAGUGAUGCCUGUCAAUGCCCAUCAGUGCCACCUACCAGUGCCUCCUCAUCAGUGCCCAUAGCUUAGUGAAUGCGGUAAAGCUCUACUGACUUUCAUCAUCCAAUCUUGUGCAAGAAAAAUGUUUAGUUUUUUUUUUUUUUCCUUGCAUGUGAUUGGGUAUUGUUUACACCAUAUAACGAAUCUAUGGAGCAAAUUCCUUUGCAAUGUGCAACCUCCCUUGCAAAAUGCAGUUUAUUUGCCUUUAGUAAAUCAGCUCCACUGUCUUGGCCUUUGCAUAAUGAAGACAUCUCAACAACUCACAUAAAUAAAAAUUGGUUAUAAACUAAUUUGGGUUAUUUUUUUUUUUUUCUAAAAAGAUAACAAUACAUUUUGGCCAAGAUUUAUGAAGAAAUA